AUGUCUGUUCCCAAAGGACUCUCGUCCGUGCUGAAGAAAGCACCCUCCGAUGUCGUGAUCCUCUCGUCGUUGCGAACAGCCAUCUGUCGGUCGAACCGAGGACAGUUGAAAGACGCAUACCCUGAAGAACUACUCUCGACCGUUCUUAAGGCCACGCUCGACGCCAACCCGAACCUUGACCCCGCCAAGAUCGAAGAUGUCGCCGUCGGCGUCGUCCUCUCAGAGCUCGGCGGCUCCAAGGCGGCGCGCAUGGCCAUGAACCACGUCGGCUACCCCAAUGAAACCUCCCUGUACACCGUCAACCGCGCCUGCUCGUCAUCGCUGCAGUCGAUUUCGCUCAUCGCGUCACAGAUCCGGACCGAGACGAUAUCGGUGGGCAUUGGUGCCGGAAUGGAGAGCAUGACUCGGAACUACGGCAGCCGUGCGAUCCCCGUAGACGUGUGGCCCGCGUUGAAGGACUCGCCAGCCAAGGAUGCGAGGGAUUGCAUCAUGCCGAUGGGCAUCACCUCGGAGAACGUGGCGGAGCGCUACGGUGUCUCCAGGGCAGACCAGGAUGCGUUUGCCGUGCGCAGUCAUCAGAACGCCGCGAGAGCGAGGGAGGAUGGCUCGUUCGCUCAGGAGAUCGUCCCCGUCACAACAAGAUACCAAGAGGUAGACAAGCAGGGCAACAAGGUUGGGGAAGAGCAGACCAUCACAGUCGCCAAGGACGACGGUAUCCGCGCCAACAUUGGCAUCGAGGCUCUACAGAAGCUGAAGCCGGCGUUCAAGCCGGAUGGUGCCAGCACUGCAGGCAACUCGUCGCAAGUUUCCGACGGUGCCGCCGCCACACUGCUUAUGCGCAGAAGCACCGCCACAGAGCUGGGUCUCACCGAUAGCAUCAUCGGCAAGUUCAUCGGAGCUACGACGGUGGGAUGCGCGCCGGAUGAGAUGGGUAUUGGCCCCGCUCUGGCGAUCCCGAAGCUCCUCGGCCAGUUCGGCCUUGAGAACAAGGACGUGAACCGCUGGGAGAUUAACGAGGCAUUCGCUAGUCAAGCAAUCUACUGCUUGAGGGCACUGGGUCUGGAGCAGGCUUAUGAGGACGGCAAGGUGAACCCUGAUGGUGGUGCAAUUGCUUUGGGACACCCUCUUGGUGCUACUGGUGCGCGCAUGACGAGCACUCUGUUGCACGGUCUGGGGAGAUCUGGUGGUGAAGUUGGUGUUGUCAGCAUGUGUGUCGGUACUGGUAUGGGCAUGGCCGGGCUGUUCGUGAGAGAGUAA